CGGCUGAUGUUGUGAAGGAAGCAAUUGCUCAGAUUGUUGCCGAGUCUAAAGAGAAGAAUCGUAAUUUUACUGAGACUAUUGAGCUUCAAAUUGGUUUGAAGAAUUAUGAUCCACAAAAGGACAAGCGUUUUCAGUGGUUCUGUGAGGCUACCACAUAUCCCUCGUCCUAAGAUGAAGGUUUGCAUGCUUGGGGAUGCUCAGCAUGUUGAAGAGGCUCAGAGUAUAGGUUUAGACCAUAUGGAUGUGGAGGGUUUGAAGAGGCUUAACAAGAACAAGAAAUUGGUCAAGAAGCUUGCUAAGAAAUACCAUGCUUUCCUUGCAUCUGAAGCCGUAAUUAAGCAAAUUCCUCGUCUUCUUGGACCUGGUCUCAAUAAGGCAGGAAAAUUCCCAACUCUUGUUACCCAUCAGGAGUUCUGGAGUCGAAGGUUAAUGAAACCAAGGCCAUGGUCAAGUUUCAAUUAAAAAAGGUACUCUGCAUGGGUGUUGCAGUAGGGAACCUUGGAAUGGAGGAGAGACAAAUCUUCCAGAAUGUGCAACUGAGUGUUAACUUCCUCGUAUCACUAUUGAAAAAGAAUUGGCAAAACGUAAGGUGCUUGUACCUGAAGAGCACGAUGGGAAAGGUGAACGUGUCUUUUAGGGAAGAAGCAAGAACUCCGUCACAUUUAUCAGCAAUAUUAUCAUGUUUUCUCUUUUGAGAUAACCGUUGAAUUUAGUUUUGGUUAAAUACU